CUUGGGCGCCGAUGUACCUACAGUAGCUGGGGACGUUUUAACAGUCGCAGGAGACUCGCUCUUUAUUUGUUAUGUGAACUAGGAUCUCGUGAUUUCCUUUUCUCGCAACCUUUCGGUUGAGGGGGGUCGGUCCCGCAUUGUGUGGACAAUGUCCAACCUGCGUCUGUCGCUCCCAUUGCGACUCGUCAACAAACGACUUUGCGCCCCAUGCCGCCGUUCCUUCUCCUCGACCCCCCUUCUGCAAAGUGGACAUAACAAGUGGUCCAAGAUCCGACAUGGAAAGGCUGCCAAUGAUGCCAAGAAGACGGUUGUCCGCACCCAAUUCACCCAAACUAUUUCCGUCUACUCAAAGCUCUACGGCGCGAAUCUUUCGGACAACCCUCAAUUGGCAACGGCAGUAGCAGCAGCCAAGAAAGCCGGUGUACCAAAGUUGGUAAUAGAAAACGCUGUUGCCCGCGGACAGGGCAGGUCAUCCGGGGGCAACAUGCUCGAGCCGGUGACGUGCGAGUACAUAAUACCUCCCGCCAUCGCAGUCAUUGUCGACUGCGAGACAGAAAGCAAGGGCCGGGUCUUGCAGGAUGUGAACAACAUGGUCAAGCGUGCCGGGGGGGCGUCAAGCGCUUCCAGAUUCUUCUUCACAAGACUCGGCCGGGUUGUGUUCGAGAAGGGCGAUACUGGGUUGGACGUAGACAACAUCAUGGACGAGGCGAUAGAAGCGGGAGCCGAGGAUCUCGAAAACAACGAAGAUGGGAACAUCAUUAUUUGGACUCAGCCCAUGCAGACAACUCAAGUGUGUCGCCGGAUAGGGGAGAAAUUCAGUCUCGGCGUCCUCAGCUCAGAGAUCAUAUGGUCUGCGAACGAAGACACAAGAUCCAAGCUGGACUCGUCGGAGGAGUCAACAAGCUUCAUAGACUUGCUCGUCGCCAUCCGUCAAUAUUCAGACGUGCAGUCCAUAUACUCAAAUGUCGCAAAAGGAGACAUGAGCGACGAGGAGUGGGCAAGGAUAGUUGAGAAUUUAGAUGUAUAGACACGUAAUCGCACAUGUAAAAUGUACAGUAGAAUCCGAGAAAUGAUCUGGUCCGCGCAAAGGUUUCCGUAACGCCCGAAUUUUCCGAUCCCAAUCGCCCCGUCUGCUCUGGUCUCAUUACCAUAGAGACCAGCCCAUGAUCGCCUCCCCCCCCCCCCCCCCC